AUGCCCUGCUUCAAGGGCAUUGCGGUGAGCAUCCAUGCCAACGGGACCCCGCUCCCAGAGCACGGCAUGCAGAAGCAGUCCAGAUUCUCCAGGAUCAACACUUUCAUACCCGUACCCAGCCCCACUCUGAGCGAGGACUCUGGCAAGACCGAAUCCGCAAAGUUCGCCAUCUCCAUCACCUUGCUGACGCCCGGCCUGCCCAUCCCGUACUCGACCCCCCGCCCGACCCAGGACAAUCCCGAGCCCACACCGCAGUAUGCCGCCAGGGAUAUGGCCUCCAGCAGGGCGGGCAACGGCGUCAACCCAUACAUCCCCAUGACCAACAGCGAGAACGAGACCGUCGCCGCCUAUAUCUACUUCGACGGUCGCGCAAAGGAAGAGGUGGCAACACUGCUCAGGCCAGGAGAAGAGACCUGGGUUAACAGCAGGUGGGUCCAGGUACCCGAUGCCGAGGGCGGAGGGCUGGCCGAGAGGGAAUUCCUGUUCCGUGAGGUUGGCCUGGAACGCUGGCUCAACGGCCUGGACCUCCAAGGCCACGACGCCGAGGAGCGGCUGGAGAAGCGCCGACAGAAGUUCGAGCGCCGGCGUAGGAAGCAGAGAGGAGAAGGCAUGGGAGCUCUGCUGGGCGGCUCGUCAAAUGGACCGCGAGAUACCUUCCGCUACGGAAACGACGAGGGAAGUCCUGUCGAGGCCGUGUUUGACGAGGACUCCUUGUCUGAUUCGGACGACGAGUUCCCCGAGGCGGCAGGGCAGAUCAAGGUCGCCAUGUUCCGCGUGAUAGCAUCUGGUGAGAUCAAGAAGGGCGAAUACUCCCCACAGUUCGGUGCACACGACGAUGACGACGAGGUUAAUGGCGGAAAUUCCAACGGGGUGGAUGCGGAUGUCGAGCAUACCACGAGCUUUGCGAAGCCCAAGACCCUGGAUCCCAAGACGAUCAGCACACAGACCGUGACCGGUAUCGAUGGGCCAGAGAAGCCCUACGCAACCUUUACCUUCUACUACCGUGGCGAGCGCCAACUGCAAAAGAUGGGAGUUCUGCCCUCGGCCAAGGCGCAGGCAACCACUCCCGCCGCAGCGAAGCGACGGUCCGGCCAGCUGGACUUCUCCAAUCUUGGCCCUCUCAAGACUACCGGGACGGUGGGCUUCUCCGCCUUCAGAGAUCAGACAGCAGAGUCGUCCAAGAGGAGGAAGGGUCGCAAGAAGUCGAACGGUAGUCUGGGCGCUAUGGACGAGGACUCGGAAGAAGACGACGACGAGCCUGAGAUUCUGGGCAAGAUGGAGGACAUUGACGAUAAGGAAGUCAAGCCGAGUACCGCGCCGGAGGAUGUCAAGUUUACGGGCGAACUAGCGGAUGGUGUUGAUCGUAUCAAGCUCAAGCGUCAACGAUCAGCGGAACCAGAGGGGACCGCCUCACCCGACCCUAAAUCCCCCAACCUGAGCGCAGCAACCUCCCCUCCCAACAUGAUAUUCGGCGGCGACGCCUCCCGUACCUCUGGCCUUGCGCCGCCCUCGUUCUUCCCGCAGAACCUUUCGGAAGACGCCACGGCUGUCGGCAGUCCGCUCAAGAAGCAACGCGCCGGCACCCUGGACGACGGGUCAGGGCAACCGUCCCAGCCCGCUCUGGGGGUCUCCCAGCCGAAGGCCUCCACGUCUGCGCCUGCAGUGCCUGCGGCCCCUCUUGCGCGCUCCGCGCAGGCUGCCCAGACACAUGAGGAGGAGGAGGAGCUAUAG